CUGAACGAAAGCCCAAUUAUUCAGUGCCCGGCCCACAGGCGGCCUCGCAGGUCGCAUUGGCGUCAAAUUUCUAAAUAUGGAAUUUCAGAGGGGAACCCUAGCUUACCAAUCUGCCCGUUCCCCCCUAUAAAGUCCUCCUUAAACCCUUCCUCUCCUCCCGCUAGCUCUCGUCUUCCUCCCAUCUCCAAGCAUUACUUCGAGGCGCUCUUCCUUCUCUUCCAGCUGUGAUUGCAAUGCCAAUGGAGUUUUGGGGUGUUGAAGUCAAGCCAGGGCAACCUCUGAAAGUAACUCGUGAUGCUGACAAAUAUAUUCAUAUCUCCCAGGCAUCACUUGGUGAGAUCAAAGAUGACAAGGCAGCCAAAAAUGUUGUGCUCCGUUUGAGGGUUGACCAAGGGAUCUUUAUCAUAGGCUCUCUCUCAGCUGGAGAAAGGCCACAAAUAUCGACUGACUUGAUUCUUGACAGACCAUUUGAGCUCUCUCAUGACUUAAAAAGUGGAAGUGUCUACUUUCUUGGAUACUCGAAUGUAUUAUUAUAUCCUUCUACUGUCCGUUUGUUAUUUUUCCAUUCCACUCUUGUGUUUCAUAUUAUGUCUUAUGUGUUGAUUGAGUGAAUAGCUCCACGGAUAUUUUCUUAUCACAUCAAAUAUUUUUUUCUAAACCUGUAUAUCUCUUGUUUGACCUUGGUGUCUUGAAUGAUUCAUCUGAUGUUUCUCUUGGGUUUGACUGAAUUGGGCCUUCUUGCACUAUUGAAUGUUAUUGGGCAGUGUAGGAUCUCCUUAUCAAACAGUUAAUUUCAAGUCUGAAUGUUAUUUUACAUGAUGUCUGUAAUCUGUAAUCUGUGAUUGAGUAUUUUUUUGAUAGCCUAGUGCCAAUUAUGCCUCACAUCUUAGUAUAUGGUCUCGAUAUUGUUUCCCCUUGACAUUACGUUCUUCUUCACGGAGGAUGAAAGCGAGAGCGAGGACUUUGAUUCUGAAGAAGAUUUACCCAUUACCGCUCCUGCAAAUGAGACACCUGAACUCAAAGCUGAUGACUCGAAGCAAGAGAAGAAGACUGAACUCAAAGUUGAUGACUCGAAGCAAGAGAAGAUAACUGCUGCUCCCCAGCAAGUGUCCAAGAAACAUGCACCGAAAACACCAUCAGAGCCUGCAAAAGAAGAGCCUGCUUCUGAAGAAGAUGAUGAUUCUGAUGAUGAUGUAGAAAAUGAUGAUGGGGAUAGUGAGGAUUCUGAUGACAUUAUGGAAGGUGAUAACUCAUCUGAUGAUCAGGAAGAAGUUUCUGAUGAUGAUGAUGAAGAUGAUGAAUCAGAUGAGGAGCCAGAAGAGAAACCAAAGGAGAAGUCAAAGAAGAGGCAAUCUGAGCCCAUUGUUUCUCCCCCAAAGAAAGCAAAGGCAGCUGCAGCUAACAAGCCAGUUGCUAAGAAAGGAACUCCUCAAGCUGCGCAACCCAAAAAGCCUCAACAACCAAUGAAGAAUUCAAACAAGAACCAAAAGAAACCUUUCCCGAAGAAGCGUUAAGGUGGGAACUUUUUUUUAAUCGCAAGAGGAGAAGAGAAGAGAAUGGGAUGGUAGAGGUUAAAGGGUAAUGCAGAAGUGUGGAACGCCAACAACAAUUUUGUCAUUUGGUUAUUAUGUUUGCUGUUUAAGUAUUGCUUUUAUGGUUUUAUGGUAUAUGUUUGUUUAAGAUUUUGGAUUGCAACCCAUAUUUCUUUCAGUAUAUUUAUGUUGGAUGACAUGUUUUGAUCCGUUUGAUGAGUUUCUUGCAUUACCUUUUGUUGUGUGGUCGAGAUUUUCAAAAUACUGUGGCUAAAACCCCACUCCAUACACCCUUUUGUGUUGGAUAUUUUCUAGCCACGUUUAACGGCAUAAUAUAGGGGGCAUUUCCCU